GCAUUGGUAGCGGUUUAAAAUACAAUGUCUGACGUCGCAUUUGCUUUAGUCCUUAAAUAAGAAGCAACAAGUUAACAUCAGCUCAAAUUCAUUUGACUGCGCGAGAGAUACAAAUUCAAUAAAUAACAACAGCAACAAGUUUCUUGUUUCUUAGAUAAUCAAACGCAGUUUUACAACAAAAAAGCAACAACAUAUUAAUUUAAAAAAAGUCAAAGCAAAGCGAAAAGUGUCAGUGUGCAAUACACGAAAGAAAUUAAAUAAAUAAAUAUAAAUCAAUGAGCUAGUGCAAGAAUACAAGAAGUUAAAAAAGCAACCAAUUGAAAGAUAUUGAGCAGUAUUCGUCGCAACAACAACCACAACAAUACUAACUGGCGGCCAGCGGUCACAGUAUUGCUAAAUUAAACAAAUAUUGAUAAACUGAUUUGUGGCAAAAGUUACUUAAUAAAUACCAUAAAAGUUCGCUAUAACACACACACACGCACACAAAUAUUUGCACCGAAGGCAAAUAAACAGAAAGAGAGUUGGCCAAAAAAGUAGAAAAUAUAUAUGUAUUUAUUGGUAAAAAAAGAAGAAGCAAAGCGGCAGUGAAAGAUUUCAUAAAUUAAUACUGCUGCCACAUUCGCACCUCCGGUAAAAAAGGUAGAAGAAACUCGUUAAGUUUUUUCAACUGUGUGAAAAGUGAAUUCGAAACAAAAGUGAGGCGCAACUCUGUGUACUUAAACGAGCGCUGUCUGAAAGCAAGUUAUACAUAUAACUGUAUAUUUGCUUAGAAAAAAUAAAAAUCAACAACAACAAAACACCACAAUUUACUACAAACCAGCAAAAGGCAUUGUACUUGAAUUGCAUACAAAUGAAGUUCUCAAUAAAUAUGUGUUCCCGCAACAUUAAGAUCUCGUUGGUGCUGUUUCUUGUCUUGAUUCCACUUAUCACAGCCUUGCCACACAACAACCACAAUCUGUCAAAGCGAAGCAAUUUCUUCGACUUAGAGUGCAAAGGCAUCUUCAACAAAACAAUGUUCUUCCGCUUGGAUCGCAUUUGCGAAGACUGCUAUCAACUUUUCCGCGAGACAAGUAUACACCGACUAUGCAAGAAAAACUGCUUCGAUUCGAAAUGGUUUGGAGAAUGCCUGAAAGUGCUUUUAAUACCAACGGAAGAGAUUUCGAAAUUACAGCACUUUAUUAAAGUGAUUAACGGCUCUCCAAUAUCAUUCCCACAGUCGGUCCCAACAUAACUUUAGUUUAGAUGCAAAACUUUCCAAUUUCCAAUUAAUUUGUACUUAUUUAUUAUUGUAUUUUACGAUGGUUUAAGUUUCAUUUGAGUUUUAUGAUUUUCUGUUAUUUAUUACAUACAUAUGUAAUUAAUUAUGUUUAUGCUUAAAAUAUGCUUAAUUUAUUUUAAAUAACACAACAGAAUCUUAAAAGCUAACUAAACAGAUAUAAAUGAAACUCACACCCACACAAACACACACACAUAUAUACAAUAGAAAAACGCAAAACGAAACUUUGCAGAUAAGAGAAGGAAAUUCAAAAUAUUUAUAAACUUAUUUAUUCUAUAAGUAAAGUUAGUAACUUUAUAGAGAAGAGACAUAAGCAAAAGUGAAAAAUAAUGUAAACUAUAAACUCAAAGUUUUAGAAGUGGAAAAAGAAAAAAAAAACUAAAGCAAAAAUUAAAUAUAACGGACUUGCAUAAAUACGCUUUUUGUAUUUGCACUAAGUAAAACGGAAAAUGUGGAGUCUAGAGAAAAAUUUUGCACAAAAACAUUCGACAAUCAAUAGAAAUACAACGCAGUACUGUAGAAUAACAGUAACAUUACACAAAUCUGUAGUUGAGCAGAGCGCCAAAUGCAAUUUUAUUCACCUUACAUAAAACUGUAGAAUAUCAAAGCUGCUUCUCUUAACUUUACAUAAAACUGUAAAAUAGCUUGAUUUCAACUGCAGUACUGUUGACUUUACAUAAAACUGUAAAAUAGCAUAAUUUCAACUGCAGUACUGUUAAAUACACAUAAAUCUGUAGCAUAACAGAUUUUCAAAGGCAGUUCUGUUAAGUUUACAUAAAACUGUAGUUUAACUGCAGUACUUCAAAUGCAGUACUGCUAACCUAAUUCCAACCUACGCAACAUCACUUUAAUAGCUUAAACGCAAGCAUAGAACAUGUCUCGGGAAUAUUAAAUACUAGAAAGUAUUGAUUUUGUAUUUAUAAAUAUAUUCGUACUUUUUUUGAAUUUUUUUUAACCAAAAAUCACCAAGCAUAACUUUGAGUUUUUAAUUUACAUGUGUUUGUUAGUAUAUACAAGUGUAUAUGUAGGUAUAAAUGCAUGAAGAAAUAUUAAACUAUUAUUGUAGUAAGUGCUUUCCGAUAAGUAUUUAUCUAGAAAAAAUGUUAUUUUUAUAAAUUAAAAACAAAAAAAUAAAAACAAAUUCAACAAAAUAUUCCUUUAUACAUUUUGCAAUUUGUGAAACGCACACAUAAAAAUCCAGUAUGAAAUUUUUCCAAACAUCAACAAAACUACAUACGAACACUUUCACAAAAAUAUUUAUCUCAGUGCAGGUACAUGCAGAAUGUACUGCUAAGACAGUUGAAGCACUUUUAAGAGUUUCUAAAUUUUUUAUAAAUAAAUACAUUUAUAUAGAAUAUACAUAUAAAUAUAUGCUAGAAUCGUUUACAAAAGCUAUGUACUAUAUUUAUAACAAAUUUAUAAAAAGAAAAACUGUGAAAAAAAUUUCAAAAUAUAUUAAAAUCAAAAAAAGAUGGCAUCAAGUUAUGGUAAUGAAACGUACAUACAUAUAUGUAUGUACAUACAUAGCGACUUACAUACAUAUGUACACCACACACCUAUAUGGCAUGUAUGUACAUAUGGUUAUGUAUGUGAAGGUUGAAGAAAUUUGUUAGCAAAUAUUUACUAAAAUUAUUGUGAUAAA